AACAAUUGGCUAUUUUGGUGCCUACAAUUUUCACAUUUUUUGUAUAAUCGAGUCAUUUCAAUUAAGCUCUUAAUUGGUUUAUUUUAUAUCUGGUCCUUUUUUGACACCUUUACUAGAAUAUAAUCGAUUAUUACACCCAAAAAAGCGAUUAAUCAUCAAGAACAGAUCAUUCAAAUUUUCCCUGCAAAUUUCUUCAUCUUCUAGAUCUUCCAUCUUCCAUUUCAUCGCUGCGUUUCUGAUUUCAGAGAUGAAUUCCAAUUACGGCAAAUCAAAUUCAAAUCCCCAAAAAUCAUCUGUUUCUCUCAACAACUUCAACUUCGAUCUUGAUCUCGGAAUCGGAUCCAACCGAUCCAAAUCCCUAAAAGAUCAGAAAAACCCCAAUCCUUCCUAUUCCAAUUCAUACUCAACUCCUUCGUAUUCAUCGGCGCAACCCAAAAAAACUACAUGGACCCACCAACCCACGCAAACUCCGGCCGGAUUACCCGGCGCACCACCGUCCAUGGUCGGAGACAUCUUCGGAAAGAGCUGGGGAUCUACUCAACCUUCCGGUCCUAGCAUUGGAAUCGUUAAUAAAAACCCUAAUCUGUUUGGGGAUUUGGUUACCUCUGCUUUGGGUCAAGGUUCUUCUUCUUCUUCUUCGAAUGUUCCUCUGAAAAAUGCUACUCCAGUGGCUAAUAAAUCGUCAUUUUCAAUGUCGAAUAUGGCGAAUUCUUUGCCGAAAAAUUCGAAUACGCCGCAAAGUGGUAGUGGUUCUACUUGGGGAUCAUCAGCUUCUGGGAGCUUUAAUUUGAAUGCUAGUCAAAAACCCAAUCUUGGAGGUCCUUCGAUUCGAAGUGGCGUUGGUGUUGCUGCAUCUGGUAGUGGAACUGGAAUUGGAAUUGGAAGUGGAAUCGGUUCGAAUAACAAAGAUCCUUUUAGUUCAUUGGGUGGCUUUGGAUCUAAGCCAUCUUCUAGUCUUAAUUCAGCUGCUAAACCGCAGAAGAUUGAUUCAGAAGAUGAUGGGUUUGGUGAUUUUCAGAAUGCUUCAAAACCAAGCAACAAUGCAUUUCCAUCAAGUGGUGGUGGUAGUGUUGGAUUUGAUGUUGAUUUUAGUGGAACUUCGGCUUUUUCGAAUAGGACUCCUCCUGUUCAAGCUUCUUCAGGUGGUGGUGGUGAUCCGAUGGAUAUGUUUUUCGCAUCUUCAACUGCUUCUUCUGGUGGUGGAGGUGGUGGUGGUUCUGCUGCAGCGGCGUCUUCGGAGAUUGAUGAUUGGGGUACUGAGUUUGGAGGUGGAAACCAUGAUGUGGGUGGAACAACUACUGAACUUGAUGGGCUUCCACCUCCUCCUGCUGGGAUAUCGGGUUCUACUGCGAAAGGCAAAGGGAUGGAUAAUUACAAACAGGGACAAUUUGCGGAUGCUAUUAAAUGGCUUUCGUGGGCUCUCAUCCUUUUAGAGAAAGCUGGAGAUGGUGCUGGUACAGUGGAGGUUUUGUCGUGCAGAGCUUCUUGUUACAAAGAAGUUGGAGAGUAUAAAAAAGCAGUGGCUGAUUGUACACAGGUUAUUGGAAACAACAACAAAAACGUUGCUGUCCUUGUUCAGCGUGCUCUCUUGUAUGAAAGUAUGGAAAAGUACAAACUUGGUGCUGAAGAUCUGAGAACCGUGCUGAAGAUUGAUCCUACUAAUAGGGUUGCUAGAAGUACUGUUCAUCGGUUGGCUAAGAUGGCUGAAUAGAAGGGAAAAAAAAUCUAUCAUUUUUUCUUUUCCUUAUAAUGAUAUAUACAGGGUGAUAUAAUAUGUAUGCACCGCCUCUGAUUGCUGUCACCCUUCAUGUGAUUUUUGAUGUAUGGCUUUUUUCAAAUUCUGCCUUGUCUUGAAAUUAAUAUUCUUGCUUCCUUCACCCAGAUUUUAACUCAA